AUGCUCGCUGGAAUCGCUGCUCGAGGAGCUACCGCAUUAAGACUGAAUUACGAGCGACCGGAGCUCAGCUUCGUUGCCCAAGAAACACGCAGGCGUGUCCUUUGGACUCUUAGCUUAAUGGACGGGGUAUUUUCUGUCGGGUUACCCGAAUACGAGACAAUAUCUCACUCAAUUAUUUACCAGCGUCUCCCGAGCUCAGAAGAUGCAUACCGGGAUGGAAAUCCCAACGUCCAAAUAGCAGGCCGGCAGCAUUUGAUGGAAAGCAAUUCAACGGAACUGGCGCUAUCAGAACAGCCACUGGCUCAACUAAGCGGUCUGGUCCAGGACAUCCAGAACGAUUUACGGCGAGUACAGGCGGAAGUUGAAUAUUCUUUCCAAUACAACGUCGCAGCUACAGCUAGUGUAGCUGAGAAGAAAGACUCCAGGUGGUUUGCACGGUACCUCCAAGUCUCAAUGACCUGGCAUCAAGUGCACUGCGACUUGUACCGAAUGUUUCUUCCUAGAUAUCCCCAGGCUGCACCGAAGGUCAUCAUGGAAACCGUUGAGCCCAGUCUCAAGGCUCAUGCUGUUAAGGCGUGCCAGGAUCAUGUCAAGAACAUUAAUGAGAUCUUGAAGGGGCUUCUGGAUCUCACCGGUCACCCAGUCCUGCCAUCUUACAUUGCUGUAUGCGCCUACCAUGCAACGAGGCUGACGCUAUUUCUCCCAUCAUCACCCGUACUAGGCAUGCAGAUGAAUAUGGAGAGUGCAAUUGAGAGUGCUAACGUGGCCUUGCAUAUAUUGCAUCGGUGGUUCUCAGGCUCGGUGGCGACGGAGAAGAUUAUUCUGGACAUGCAGUAUUUGGUGUCGCUGUCGCGUGGUGACCCAGGUUCAAUUUUCAGGGAGCUAAGUUGCCCCUCACCCCCACUUGACCAUGGGCGCCAUCGGCAUAGUCAUCUUGCUGUGCAUAGUUUAGUGCGUCAGGCCAAUUUUAGGGAUGAUGCAUACGAUUAA